GAACUUCCGUUUCCGCUUGGGUUUAUCCAACAUGGCGGCGCAGGGAGAGCACAACUAUUUUGUGAGACAAAUCGAUAAAAACGACGGUUCUCUCUUGACAGUGUGCCAAUGUUACAUGGGGGACGUGGGCUGCGUGGUGUGGGAUGCGGCCAUCGUUCUCGCAAAAUAUUUAGAAACAAAACAAUUUUACGAUCCGUCCUCAGGAGUGAAUUUAUGGGCUGGCCAAAGAGUGGUGGAGUUAGGAGCUGGAACAGGGGUCGUUGGUCUGAUGGCAGCAACAUUGGGGGCUAAUGUUAGUGUGACAGACUUAGAAGAUUUGCAGACCCUCCUGAAAGUGAACAUUCAAGGCAAUCAGGCUCUCAUCAGUGGUGGAUCAAUAACUGCCAAGGUACUGAAAUGGGGUGAAGAUGUAUCUGGUUUCCUUCCACAUCCAAACUAUGUCCUGAUGGCGGAUUGCAUUUAUUACAAACAGUCAGUUACCCCGCUGGUGGAAACAUUGAAGCUGCUCAGUGGACCAGAGACCUGCAUCAUUUGUUGCUAUGAGCAACGCACUGAGGGUAUCAACCCAAAAGUUGAGAAGCAGUUUUUUGAGUUGCUGCAACAAAGCUUCAACUGUGAAGAAAUCCCUUUGAGCAAACACGAUAGUGAGUUUAGCAGUCCAGACAUUCACAUCCUACAUUUUAAGAAAAAAGUUUGAGUUUGUAUGUAAAUAGAUUAUGUUUCUUUGGCCUAAUACAACCUGGAUUGAUUGCCAACCAAGCUCAGAGCUCACAAAGAAAAAUAAUUGUUGUUACGGUACGUGUCUGGAUGUGGUACUGCAGUGUUUGCUUGUAAAUAUUCAUUGUUUGAAGGAAUUUCACUCCCACUUGAUGCUAAUUUUUCUAUUACCCGGUGAAUGAAAUUCCCUAUUAACUGCUCUCAUUAGCACAGGCGAUGUUUGUAAAAUGGAGUAUGUCUUAUAUUUAAAUAUACAAUGUGUGGAAAUGGUUUUCUAAUGUUUAAUUUUUAUAUCAUCUCCAACUGAGGUGUAAUGAAAACGCUUAAGGCAAGCUCAGGGAAAGCAGACUAACACUCGUGACACGCUUGAUGCACAAGCAAGAUGGCACGUCAGCGUGCUUUCACAAUGCAGCAACAUCCAAACACACAUCUUUCCGUUCAGCACAUUAAGAAUUUUUCUUCCAUUAUAAUAUUUUUAGGAUUGUGAGAUGCCCAAAUCGAAAUCGGGAUUAAAUGUUGAUUAGUUGACCAGCACUAGUUCACACUCACAUUCAAUUAAGAUCUGUCACUUGGAAAAGUCAUCAAUGAAUAUAACAGUGUUUUUCAAAUGUUGGAGGAUAAUGGAGCACUCAAAGAAAACCCACGCAAACACGGAGAGAACAUCCUAUAACUCCACACAAGAUGCCCAGAAUCACUUUGCUGCUGUAAUAGCAAAUAAUGUAUACAAUAAGCACCUAUUUUGGUGUCAUGAAUCCAUGUGUGGACGCCAUGAGUUUGUAGUGGAGCUAAAGCAUUGCCUAUUUGUAACACUAGGGGGCAAUAGUUGCCAUUAAAAAAAGUGUGGCUCAGUUUUGAAUCUUAAAUAAAGCUGCAGUUUCAUGAUGAA